GUGUCAUUUCGGUGUCUGUCGGGUUCAUUCCUUGUAGAUUCGGCAAAUUGCAACGGAAAAUGUCGGGAAAAGGAGCGAAAGGGUUGAUAAUGGGUAAAACGCCAGCUGCCAACAAGGACAAGGACAAGAAAAAACCCGUUUCUCGCUCCUCUCGUGCUGGUCUUCAGUUUCCGGUGGGACGUAUUCACCGACUUCUGAAGUCAAGGGUGACGGCCAGCGGACGAGUAGGUGCAACCGCCGCAGUCUAUUCUGCAGCUAUCUUGGAGUAUCUUACUGCAGAAGUUUUGGAGUUGGCUGGCAAUGCAAGUAAGGAUCUCAAAGUGAAGCGCAUUACGCCAAGACAUCUACAGCUUGCAAUCCGAGGAGACGAAGAGCUUGACACCCUCAUUAAAGGAACUAUAGCAGGUGGUGGUGUCAUUCCUCAUAUUCACAAGUCUCUUAUUAACAAGUCGUCCAAGGAGUAAGGUUUCUUGUGUGCCAGAAUCGACCAUGGAAAAAGUGGAACUCUGCUGUAAAUGGGAGGAUAUUUCAUUUUGAGGAUAACUGAGCAGUUGCUCUAGUCUGAUGCAAGCAACCUUCUGUGGUAAUUUAAGUCGUGAUCCAUAUACGUAUUAACAAAA